CAGCACUGCGGGGCAGAAACACUGGUCUCAUCAAUGCAGAGAUCAUCCGGCGUACAGCAAAAGGAGAAGGAAACAUCACAGUUACAUGCACCUUCACUUUCUCUGGAAUAAAGAAGAUCUUCUCUCCAAUCUCUUCAAAACCAAACGUGACUCUUAAACCUCUUCCAGCAUCAGUCCCAUCAGCCUCCACACAGACUACAACACAGUGUUUGAGCUCCAGUACAGGAAGCUACACACCUUCAUCAGCCUCCCCCGAAGGUACCCAGCAGUCUCAAAAGGAACAGACACCAGCUGCAGGUUACACACUGAUGUAUGUGGGUCUGUCUCUGGCCGUCAUGAUUGUCGCGUUAUUGGCAGCUGUGGUGAUAUUUAGCAGGAAGAGGGCCAGUAAACCCAAAGAACCUCCUGUGGAAACUGAGUACGCUAAUGACACAGAGGCCAACCGUGUGUACGAGGACAUCAGAGAGGAGGACAGACGGAGCACAUCUCCUCCUGUAGAAGUAUCUACAGUUUACACUUACAUCAAAUACACCAAACCACAUGGUGUCGAAACCUCAGACGAAUACAGCUUGGCCAACGCAGCCACUUCUCAGAAGCCCAUUGAAGAUGCUUCGAGUAAACUAUUGUACUCUGAGGUAGAUUUUGCAGACGGUCCAGCUGCCUCGCUCCACAGCGCCCCCCGUGGUAAUGCAGAUAACGUUAUCUACUCCGUGCCGCGGGUAGAAGACACUUCACCUCCCCUGUACUCCAUUGUUACUUCACAUCAGCCGUAGCACAGACGCUGUCAACGCCACAUUCUCCAUCAGUGGUCAACAGAGGAACACAGAGGGGUUUGAAUGAGUAACGUUCACACCACAAUCUGUUUCUAUCAUGUCAGACAACUGACGUUAUUUUGAGAACUGUUAUAUUUGUUAACUGUUAGUUUUACAGUGUGAUUUAAAAUGUGACACCUAACAGCAAUGACUGCUGGGGAAAAAAGUUAAUAUAUUUAGGUUUGAGAAGAUGAGAUGUUUCUCUAAGCUGAAAUUUAUAUAUACUGUAUAUACAGUAUAUCUCAAAAUAUAUGUAUAUAUAUUGUUAUUGCAGUUAGACACAGUAUUGUUCUGUAUUUGUUAAACUAUAAUUAGUUUUGUUUCGGGGAUCUAUUUGACAUGAGAACAAUGGCCUGUGAAAAUAUGUACCGUAUUUUGAUAUUUAUGAAGUGACCUCUGAUUUUUUUAAAACAAACUUCACAUAAUUUUAUGUGUUAGACUAAGGUGUUGCCUUCUUAAGAAACAGGAACCAGGCCAGUUUGAUAAAUAUAUUUAAAGCCACAAGAGAGAAGUAUAUGCAGCUCAAUACUAAGAUAUAGAUAAUUAACAGUUCACAUGAAGCAGCAUACAUACUGAAAUGAUGCUCAUGUGACAAACAGGCGAGUAAACGAGUAAAAAGAGUGCUGCAGGAAUGAGCCCCAACACCCAGAAUUGGGUUAGUAACUAAAGGUUACCUCAUCUGAAAGUCAAUUUUUUUUUUUUUUAAAUUAGUUCAGUUCGUGAUAAAAUAAGUCAGUUAAUAUCCCACUCUUGAAUUUUGAAGCUUUUACAUGUCUUAAAAAAGGUGGCUGCUAA